AUGAAUCAGAAAUAUUUUGUUAUUUCAUUUACUUUGCUUGUGCUUUUUUUCCUUAUUCAUGUUGAAAAAACUCACGGGUCUCGUUCUAAAAGAUCUGCUGCCCAGUCUGAUAAACUACUGAUUAAGAGAAGAGUAUUUCGUCCUAUUAUUGAGGCUAAGCUUCCUCCUCCUGAAAAUGACGGUUGUGGGGAUGGGAAAAGAUCUGCUUGUGGUGCUAAAAUUACAGAUGCUAGUUGGAAAAUACUGUCUAAGAAUGAAAGACAACCUUGGGGGGCAAUUGGGGGAUACCUCAAUAUGACGAUUACUACUCCUGGAGGUGACCCAAAAUACAUAGGUGACGUUUCCUUUAGUGAUGACAAUGGUCACAAAUGUUAUAUUUUAAAUGACCUUCAGUAUAUUAGUGAUUCGCAAUGUACAUUCUUUUGGUCUUAUCCUUCUAAAGAAACACCUAUUAACGUAUGGGCUGAUAUUUGGUCUUCAAUAUAUUGGAAUUGUGAUGAUAAUAAUAAAUGUGCUUAUGAAUUUGUACAUUUACGAACUUGGGCCCCUUCACAAUAA